UUGCAGCUGCCAAGUCAGGGUGUUGGGAUGGUGUCUUCACUGCUGAGUCUUGCUGUGACUUGGGCACCUCACCCUGGGGCCGGAGCGAAUGUUGGAGCGGGGCAUUCAGCUUCAGAAAUUGUUGUCAUGGCGUGGGAACUAAACAACAAUCCAUCCAAAAUUUAUCCAGACGAUUGGAUGGGUUUGAACAGUUGCUCGAUGACAUGAUGCCAGCAGCUGCGUUGAGUUAUUUGCGGAUGUUUAUUCCUGCAAAGUUUGACUUGUUGCAACGGCACAGGCAGCUCAAAAGCAAGCAAUCACGGGCAAAUGAGCGCCAGUUAGACCGUUUAUUUGCCAAAGAAACUGCUUUCAUUAAUCGAUUACAUGCAAACACUGUGACUAUGCCAGAAAUGAUUCCUCCAAGGCACUCCUAUUGCAAGAACUCUUGGAGUUUUUCACUCUUUGCAGAUUGUGCAUCGCAUCUUAACAAGGUGGUGGAUGCCCUUGCAAAUCAUCAACAAGUGAAAGACAAAAAAAUUCAAGAUACUAUGCACGAAGCCUUUUGCCACAACGACCACAUACCAAUCAUUGGCGGUUUCCAGGUCUCGGAUGUGUCUUGGCGACCGCGCUUUGCCGGAGAUCUGGAACUGGUGCUGCUGAACCUGCGGGACGCGGACUGCUUGGCCGAGCAGAUUGCACUCUACUUUGCUUGUGGCCUCAGCCGUCUCAGCCGGGCAAUGGCCGAGUCCAACACGACCCAAGUGCUACGGCUUCUCGAGGCCGCGGCGAAUUUCGUUGAAGGCGCUGCUCUGAGGAUGUUGCUGUGUGAUGGCUGCCGCUGGGAUGGCCGCGGGCUGUCAGUCGUGCAGUUGGACCAAGCACUGUGGAUAUUGGGUUUUUUGAGAAAUGAAGAAACUCUGGUCACGGAGUUUGUGGGGCAGCGAUACAGGGCAGCUCUGAUGCAGUUUCAAGGGCAUCCGGGACGCUGGUGGCAUCGACAGCAGGGGUUGUCCGCUGUUUAUGGAAGAGCGCAGCACUGCCCCAUGGCAUUGACAGAUCUUUGCGUGCACAGUAAUCAAUUGAUUUUGCGAACACAAAACUUGCAAACUCCAGCUGCCUUGGGCUCUUGCCACUUAGACUUUGGGAUGUUGGACUUUACGCCGCUGAAGGCGUUCUCCUUCAAUUCUACAAAAAGCUGUAAUUGGUCCUCGCGUAUUGCCUUGCUCUUGCCACUCAGCGUGGUUCCACAUCGGUCCUUGACCCAUCCUACAGGUUUUUUUACUUGGUUUCUUCCAGCAUUAGCAUUGUUCGGAGGCGAGAAGACUCGGAAACUGUUGUUGGCCUUGUGGCUCCGAGAUGGGAUUCGAGGUCCAGAAAAGUUGGAACCUGAUAAGACUGAUGUCUUUCUGGUGCCAUAUGGAGAUUCGCCAGAAACAGUGGGCUUAAAAAACAAUCGCUUUCAAUUUUUCUUGCAAAUGCUUUCGCCUCGAGUGAGAAGCAUUCAAGAGCUUCAGGACGACGAGUGUCAUUGCUACAAAGUUGCCCUUUGGGGUUUUCCAGAUCCUUCGUUGCGACUCCACGGGGAUUUGGAUUGGAGGGAUGCAGAGCAUUUCAGGCGAACUUUCCGAUACCACCUGACACCUGGAGUUGACAAUGACAAAAGAUUUGCAGAAAACUUGGCAGAGCACCUGGGGCAUUUCCAUCCUAACAGCCUCGGUUUGCUCUUCGCCUACAGAACGGCUAAAGUUUAUGAUCCGGAAGGUUUGCAGCGAAGAAUUUCAAACCAGAAGGCAGUUUUUGACGCCCUAGCCGAGUUGGUGAGACGUACCCCACCGUUGCAUUUGAUGUACUUAUCCUGGGAGAAGCUGUCCAUCGUAGAUCAGGUGCGGCUGGCUUUGGACUUCGUGGACAUUCUGGUGCAGCCCUUCGGAGCUGGGAUGAGUUGGUCGUUGUUUUUGCCAGCAGGGAGUUAUGUCGUGGAGCUGCAGCAGGAUUCCAUCGACACUGCGCACUUUGUAAGCUGUUUCCGGCCAAACAUUAUCCCAGCCGUACAGGAAGGCCUCAGUGGAUACGACAGUCCGUGGGAGCCAGCCACCAACGCCCACAGUGAGUGGGGAGCUUGGGCCUUUAUGAACAAAAUCAACUUUGCUUGUGUUAGCAAUAGGCCCACUUACGCACAUUGCAAGAGAUCAUUCAGUCCAACGAUUUGGGACACUCCUUUUAUCGAUGUAGAUAUUGAUACUGUGACCACCUUGGUUGCGGACGCUGCUAGACGUUUGACUGUCAGAAACAGAAGCCAUCAUGCUUCCAUGCCAACAUAAAUCACACGAGCUCUCCGAGGGAAGAAUAAGGAGUAAUAAGGGGAAGCAUAAGGCGAUCCAGUGGCGUAGGUACCACUUUCAGCGCUCGAGUAUUUCCUAGACGGUCACCAAGACCCCUGGCGAUGAAGACAGAAGACUCAAAAGACCAUGAUGAACAGAUUCGAACAGAUGAUGAGUCUCGAGCUGUGGGAUCCCGGACCAGCUGACAUGGCAACCUGGGAUGCGAAUCUUCGCAAUCAUUUUUCUGUGUGAGCCGUGUGAGCACUCCCUGGAGCUAUUGCUGAUAUUGCUGGAUGGUGGAAGUCAGAGAGUGUGAGGUUCUGUUGAACCUGAAAGUUUCUGCAAUCUGCAGCAUGCCAGGCAAAGCUCCUGGUCUGUGUGCUUCAGACUCUGC